AUGAGUCGACUCGAUGUGUAUCACAUGAUGAUAGUUUCCCAAUACUUUUUGUGUUUAAACGACUUCAUAACACUUGAAAUGGUAAAAAGAAAGUUUAAAAAUAACAUCGAGAAAUUUCAAUUUAAUCCAAUUCCAAUUAAUAAAAAGACAAUUAAAUAUUUUACACACAUUGAAACCCUUAACUUGUGGUCCAAAGAAGAUGAACGUUUUGGGAAUUAUAUUUUUGACAAAAAGAACUUUAUUUCGCACCAAAAAGUCAACUUUUAUCGAAUUAAUAUUUGGUUUGAAGCAGAGUGUCCAAAAAAAUGCACUUAA